AUGGGUUCUUCCUAUAAUUCAUGUUCAACCACAAACCUUAAACAAAGAGACCAUUUUUCAGUAGAGCGCAGGCCUACACUGCUUAAAGAUUUCCUCGUAGAUGAUUCAAAUUCAUGUUCCUUGAGCGGGUUCACAUCAUUUCCAAGAAAACCAUGCGAUCCCAAAACCCUUGUCGAAAUCGAUCUUAGAAGUCCAAAAAACAUUGCUAAUCCUACCAACAAUAUUGCGAGCUAUAAGCUACUUAGAAGCCGUUCAAAAGCAGCAGCCUCAACUACAAUCUCUGCAUUGCAAGCCAUGAUUAACGCCGUCAAGAACAUCCACUUCACUGCCAUUAAGUCUCCCUCAGUUUUACCAAGGAGUCUCUCACGGAGACUGUCAAAAAAGAAGAGUCAAAACAAGCAAAGUGAAGUCAAAAACACAGUCACUGUAAAAGACAUUAUACGGUGGAGAUCGUUUCGCGACAUUGUCGAAGAGAAAUCUCCACCUUUGCCAUCAUCACCCCAUCAUUGUACAACUACCACAACCGGGUCCCCUUCCACCACUCCUCGUAGUGGGUCAAGUUGGUGUGAUAGUGAUUUUACCUCAGAUUAUUUACCAUCUUGGAACGGUAAUUUUGAUGAGUGUGGUGCGAAAGAGGUAGAAGCGGGUAAGACAUUUUUACCAUGUGUCGGCGAGGAUUCUUUGGAGGCUAUAGCAGAGACAGGAACAUAUACAAAAGUGGGCCCCAAGGAGGAUGAGGAGGAACAACAAAAUAGUCCUGUUUCAGUAAUUGAUUUCGAAUAUGAAGAAGAUGAAGAGUCAAGCUCAUCUUUUGAUCAAAGCCUUGCCACUGUGGAGAGGACUAGAGAAAAGAUUAUGGAAAAGAUCCGAAGGUUUGAGACUCUAGCCAAACUGGACCCUGUCGACCUAGACAACUGGACGUCAAUUGACGAAAACAUAAGCUCUGGAGAAGAUGAUGACAACGACGAAGACGUCGACCAUGAGCUUGAAGGAAUUGAAGAAACGAACACGAGUUACGAAGAAGAAGAAUUGCCUGAAGUCGAAGAAAAGGCAUGGAAGCUAUUGAACCAUGUCAAAGAAUCUGGUCUAGAAUGUUGCAAUGACAACAUGGACCUACUAUUGGACUUCUUUAGAGAUGAAUUGACUGCAAGGACAUAUGAGUGGAAGAAAAAUGGGAUUGAAGUGGAAUUGCUUAAUAAAGCAAAAGCUUGGAUAAAUGGAGAAGACAGCUUAUGGGCGGUUGGAUGGGAAUUAGAGCAUAAAAAGGAGGUUCAUGUUAGAGAUAUGGACAGGGAAGGCAGGUGGAACAAGUUUGAGGAAGAGCAACAACAGCUUGCAUUGGAAAUUGAGAAUGGGGUGCUUGGUCUUUUGGUUGAUGACCUAUUGCUUGAUCUCAUCUCAAGCUGA